AUGGACGUUGAGCGCAAUGCGCUUCAAUCGCCUCUACUGCGUCUACCCCGCGAACUGCGCGAUCUCAUAUGGACCUUUACCUUUACGGGAACUGCAAAACCCGCUUGCAAGGAGGUUUCCCGAUACUCUCCAUUCCGCGUCCUUACGGUAUGCCGACAAAUCUACACCGAAGCUAUCAGUCUGGCGGGUCCAUUCCUUACCUGGUCUUUCAUCUGCCUGCGAGACUACGAAUCCUUCUUCUGGGACAUAAUAUAUAGUGAAGGACCAAAGCACAAGAUCCGCUUAGUACACUCCAUCCAGAUUGGCGUCGAUCCUUCGGAUCUAUACAUGCUAGCCCAGAUAGUAGAUCCGGGGACUGACGAUGAUGUGGAUGACGAAACGGGUGAAUACCGUCCCACGCUCCGUGCUUUCGAGAAUCUAACGCAUGUGGAACUACUACUGUCCGCUACGGGGUUCUUCCAGGAUUCUGAGAACGAAGACGACGAGGAAGCUGAGGAGGUUGAGCCAAACCGGUAUGAGAUCGAAUAUAUCGAGGAAGCCAGAGAUAACUUCACCAAAACUAUGGAACGGAAAGUUCCUGGUGUGCGUGUAACGUACAAGGACUUCGAUGACAGCUUGGCAAUGAAAAGGUUCUGGACAACGCAAGACCCCAGGGAGUUGAGUCUGCGGACGUCCUCUGGUCGGCGAGAACAACAAACGGCUUUGGAAUCUUGA